ACGCCUCACCGUCUCUCCGAGUACUCGUCUCCUUCCGAACCCCAUCCCCGACCCUAAUUUUCAAACGCAAAAACUUACAUCGACACCCCUGCAAUACAACCCACCUCGCAAAACCACCCUCCCACCGGGGCGUCUCCUCUCUGCUUCCGCUCCCCUACUUGUAUCCUGCGCCCGCCAAGCAACCCAAGUACUACUACGCCACAACCGACCACCUCCACGCCCGCUCUCCCUCGCCGCCUCCGAUCCGUCUCCGCCGCGCGCAGGAGACCCCGGCCGAAACCCUACCCCGCUCUUCGAGGCGGACGCGCGGGCGGAGGCAGAGAGCGCGCGGCCCGGUCCGGCGGUGGUUGUCGCCGUCGCCUGCCGCGCCAAGAGAGCUGAGGGCGACGAGCUGCGCCCGGCAGGGUCCGCGUGGUGCUCCGCGGGCGGUUUUCUCCAGAUCCGAGGCAGAAAUAUUUAUUGGAUCUCAAGUCAAGGACAUUUUCAAUGGGUCCGGCAAAAGGUUCUCGAACAAUCCCCAAGAUCACAAUAAAAGGAUUUGACGAUCGACAGCAUAACGAGGAUCCUACUAGUUCAAGCAAGGCGAAACUAAAAAAGAGGAAAAUGUCAGACUUAGGACCUGAAUGGAGCAAGGAUGAGCUUUUGCGCUUCUAUGAAGCCUAUCGUCAACAUGGGAAAAAUUGGAAAAAGGUCAGUGCAGCAGUUGGUGGCAAAUCAGCAGAUAUGGUAGAAGCUCUAUACAGUGUUCAUCGGACUUUCCUAUCUCUUCCAGAACGUGAUGGUACAGCUAUGGGAUUCAUUACAUUGGUUACUGGCUAUCAUAAUGUUUUGAAUGAAUCCCCACGCCAUAAAGAAAGUGAUCAAAAGGUUAAAGCAUCCGGGAAGGCACGGAGACGUGGAGAUGCUGCAGAGCAGAAAGAAAAUGCAGCACCUCACCCUCAGCACGACUACCAGGACAUGAGAAUUUGUGGGUUUUCAUUUGCUUUCAAAAAAAGAUACUUUGGAGAACUUGUCAGGUACAUUAAAAGAAAUCCUGUUGCGAAACGUACUCCUCGUGUACCAGUGAUGGUUCCGUCUGACAUCAAUGCUACUGAUAACUGCACACCACAAAUCAAGAACCCGUCUACAAAAAAAGCUAAUGGAGAGAUCAAUAAAGAUGGCAAUUUCUUUGAAAUGAAUGAUUGCUCUCCUGAUGGAAGUUCAGUAAUUACAGAAGCAAAUAAGGUUGUUCAGGGUCAGACUUUCUUGGAAAUGAAAGGAAGUGGAGGUACUGAUAUAUCUCAGACUCACCAAUAUUUGAAGAAGAGAAGAAUUGAGCAAAGCAUUGACAAAGAUCAGUUCAGUAAAGUUGAGCAUGUAACCACGAUUGUGGCUGAAGAAGGACAAAACAUAGCUGAUUAUCAGAGCCAAUUAUUUUCUCCAGAUGAGAUGAUGGUCUUAGAUGUAUUGGAGAGUCUGCUGACUGUGCCAAGUAAAAUGCCACAGGCCAAGACUAAUAUUCGGUCAGGUACACUUGGAACAAAUAUUUCGGCGUCAUCCCACAGAACAGAUGAGGAGCCUUCUCCAGUGGAUCAAUCUAAAGAAAGGAAGCAAGUUAUUGAAUGCAGUGCUUCCAAGGCAAGGAAGAAAAGGAGAAAGAAGUUACUAGAUGAAGAGGUGCUGGCUGAAGGACAAAGCAAUUCUGGUAAUACUUCAGUGCUACCAGAAGCACCUCAGGUGCAGGCUGAAGAGCAAAGCAAUUCUGGUAAUACUUCAGUCCUACCAGAAGCACCUCAGGUUGAUACCACCAAGCAGCCUGCCUUGAAUUCUGACUUUGAAAGAGGAGCAAUAGAUCUACCUGUGUCAACUGCAAAUACUUCUGCUGAAGUGUCCCCUGAUGUACGGAUGGAAAUUGAUCCUGAAAUCAAUAUGUCAAGGAGGAGAAAACGAAAAUAUAAAAUGCAGUCUAGAACAAAGUACGCAUCUUGCAAUGAAGGCGCAGAUGAUUUACAGGCAAGGAAAAUGCUGCAUUGCUUGUCAUCUGAAUCACUUCGUAGAUGGUGUACAUACGAGUGGUUCUACAGCGCAGUUGAUUAUCCAUGGUUUCUGAAUAAUGAAUUUGUGAACUACUUGAAUUUUGCAAAUUUGAGCCAUCUGUCAAGGCUUACUAGAUCUGAGUGGAGCACAAUUCGAAGCUCUCUUGGUAAACCCCGUCGUUUUUCGGGUCAUUUUCUGGCAGUUGAAAAGGAAAAACUUGAGGAUUAUCGCGAAAAUGUUAGGAAAUACUAUGCUGAACUAAGUGAUGAUUUACGAGAUUCUCUACCAGCAGACCUAGCUCGGCCAUUUUCCGUUGGUCAGCAUGUCAUUGUUCGUCACCCAAAUUCCAGAGAACUUUGUGAUGGUAAAGUAGUAAGGACGGAGCGGGAUUAUUAUAAGGUCCAGUUUGAUAGGCCUGACCUAGGUGUUGCAUUAGUGAAGGACACUGACUGCAUGCCUGUAAACUGGUUGGAUAAUCUACCUGAUGAUCUCAAAAAGAGGAGGUCCCUCACAAAUGAUGCAGGUCGCAAAGUAGAUGUUGAGCACAUUCUGGAGCUUGCACGAAAACAGAAGUUUGGUCAUAUCAACCCUGGAUUUACUGUAUCUGAACCAUCCAGAAGUCCACAUAUAGAAUCAGAUGAAAGGCUCAAGGCUGAAUCUGCUGUAGCUAGUGAAAUGCUGCCCAGCAAAAGUACCGUUACUAGGUAUGCACUGCUACCAUUGCAGUCAGUCCAAUCUCUUGAUGACACUGUACAAUCUAGAGGUCGCUCAAGCAACAGCAGUGGUCACAAUGAUGAACUAGAUUCCUAUAUUACUGUAUUUGUCCAAAACUCACUUUCACAAGCCAAGCAGAUGGUUGGUGAAGCCAUACAGGCAAUCUCAGAAAAUGGUAAUGAAGAAAGAACAUGCCUAUCAAAUCAAGCAACACAUUGCAGCCUGGAAUCUGAAGCUUUUCUUCACGAUGCCCAACUUCCAUCGGACCUGAUACUAAAAUGUGUUGCCACAGUUCUUGCAAUCAAGGACCUGAGCGAAUCUCGAUAUCCACCUGCUAACAUAGCAGGUGUCCUGGAUCAUGCUUUCUCAAUGCUGCGCCCGAGCUGUUCAGAGAACCUCACAAUCUACAACGAGAUAGAGAGUUGUAUCUCUGUCAUAAAGAACCAGAUUCUAGGACUUGUGCCAACAAUAUCUGGCAAUGGCAGCUCUUCAUGCUGAUGUAAGUAGUCCCGGCUGCUGAAGAUACUCACACAUCCUCUGAUGUUGACUCAAAGUCACGGAGUCUGCACUCUGCAGCCUCCAUUGGUGAUUUUGACUUUGGAAUAGAAGCAGCAUUGGUUAGUUGAAUGACAGCAACGCAAUGCAAGGCAUCUGGACUUCUGGAGUGAAGACCAACUCUGCUCCUCUGACUUGAGCUUAGGAAUACAGCACUUGGAGAAGACAUCGGCGUGUGUCUGACUGUCUGGACUUCAGCUCCCUUGUAAUAUCUGUAUAUAGAUAGAGUCUUGCAGGAAUAAACUUGGAAUGCAGAACUUCAGGAACAAAUAGAUUCCUGUAUUCUAAAUGGGCCUCCGUUUUAGAUACCUAGAGUUCUCAAACACAGAUUCAGACAGCUGAAUCUGAUUAGAGACGAUGAUGUCUACGGCCAUGUAUACAGUGUGCAACUAUUUUGCAUGAAUCGAAAGAAAGAAGCCAAGAAAUAGUUCUCACUGAA